UUGGUCAGUAUAAUUCCAUUCGCCACAUUUAUUCAUGUACUUUGAGAAGCAGGAGAAAUAUGAAGCUGACUAGCAUGCUUGGAUGCUGCUUAGUUUUGCUCUUUUUCAUAUUGGAAGCUGGAGCACAAGCUGAUUUGUAUUUUAUCAAGAAUCAUAAAAGUGGUACUAGUGCAUGCUAUACAAAUGACACGAAUAGCACAGUAGCUUUCAUUCAGGAACUUAAAAAAAUAAGCAAAAAUGAGGAACUUAACCUCAAUGUGGAAAGGCUUGACUCUCUAGGUCAGCAUUCAAAUUUGCAACAAUAUGACUGUGACCUUGUCAUUACUGAAGGAUGCAAUACGUGGAGUAAAGAGGAAUUUCAGUUACUGAACAACAUCGACUCGACAGAUACCUUUGAGGCAAUAUCCGAUUUAAGAUGGAACCGUUUGCCAGCAGUUUUCACAGAUGGCUCUUUUACCCAUAGACGUUUCCCAAACAAAAUUAAGUCCUCCGGCAAGAUCAACUUAUCAAUUUUAGCAUUACAUACCGCCCAGUUGUUGAUCUCUGGAAAUGAAAAUUUAGAAACUGGAUACAGUAUUGUGCUGGACGGUUGGAAUCCUUACCAAUCACGUUUGCGAUACUGCUCAAAAAUACCAAAGAAAAAUCCUUCAGAAUGUGAAAUUUUAACUGACAUCGGUCUAAACUAUGACUUCACAAGGAAAGGCGAACAGUGGUUACACAUUACAAUAGACUACAACUUGGAAAACGAUUCAGCACAUGCAAUUGAAGUCAAGUCACUUAGCGAUGUUAUCAUGAAAUGGAAUAGCAAUGGACGACUAAGUCAAAGCGUUUCAUAUAUAGCAGCGCGUACAUACGCAGACCGCGGGAUUUACAAGCUGCAUGAGUAUUCUUAUUUAAAGCAAAAAAUGCAACAUCAAACAGCGAUCAUGUCAAAAAUUGUUCAUCUCAAUCAAAGUCAAUCGAUCUGCUUUGAUGUAAUAUACAAAACAGGCAACAUCCCUCUUACGGUGAGAGUAAAUGACACAAAGUACGAGUUAAUUAGCAACGUCAUCUGGAAGACUUAUCGAAUCCAAACUAAAAUUUUGGAUAUUGGAGAACACCUAAUAGAAAUUAAAUCCGGCGAUCAGUUGUCUUUGAUUGGAGGUAUCUAUUUUUGCACACCAGGCCCUGUGCUCUGGAAAUCUAACAGUAAAUCUUCAGUCUCGUGUAUGAUGCUGAAAACUGAAUCUAAAACUGUUAGUGUCAUAAAUGAUAAGAUUAAAUCUCCUGGCCCACUCACUUAUGAUUCAAAGACAACAUUGGACUUGUGCAGAGUUGUAGGAAGUAGUGAAUGCUCUGGAAUAAAGACCUGCGACAGCAUUGGGUGCUUUUGCACAUCUGGUCAUAAUGGUACAAAAUGCGAGUCAAGGUGCAUGCGAAAGUACUACGGAUCUGAUUGCAAUUUGUAUAAUGAAGGAAAAUGCAAAAACGGCAGUUACAGUGUGCAUUCGGCAGAAUGUCCAGAAGGCUGCAAGUCGGGAUAUAAAAGACCAUUUUGCUUAAAAAAACUACUAACGUUGAAAAAAUUCCCUACACCAAUGCAAAUCGAGGCGUUCAAAGUUGCACUGAAUUUUGAAGAGAGCUUUAACUUACUAGGAGAUGAAUUUGGCUAUGCCAAGAUCAAAUAUAAGAAGGCCAAUGCUCCCGAGGAAUUCCUUACACUGAACAUCUCUAAAAAUAAUCCAGCUGAGGUGUGGAUAAAAGGUCUAGAUCCAAGUUCAAUUUAUACUUAUACAGUGGAAAUCAUUGAACAAGAUGGUCAAUAUUUGCCGAACACCUAUUUUACAAAUUUCACCACCAAGAGUUGUAUUCCUUUGAGCAAUCAGAGUCUCAGCAUUACAGUGAAUGAUUCAGUGAUCAGUUGGAAGAAAAUUGGACCGAACCAGGAAAAUGUGUGCCGCGUGCAGAGCUUAAUUAUUUCUACUGGCGAGACAAAAUUAUUAGAAGAAAGCAUCGGUUUGGACUUGAUGCAUACCCACUUUCAAUCUUUUGAAUUCAAAAUAAAAACAAGCUACGCAAUUAAGUUAUCUGGAGAAGACGACAGUGUCUUUUUGAUUGAAUUUAGCAAUCCUGGGCCUUUGGAACAAGCUGGAGGUCACUUUGUGAUUGGCGCAGUAAGUGCGUCUGUGGUUUUAAUUGCUGUGCUUGCAACGGUGUUUUUCUGGAGACGACGUAAACAUGCAAAAAAUACAAAUCAAGUGCUUAUAAACCAGAACUCACCACCAGAAGGAAAAGCUGUUGAGCUCGACUUGUUGCCUAUGCCUGAAAGGUCAGCAACUCGAAAGUCAUAUUUCGCACGCCAGAAUGACCCUUUCAGUAAAAUUGUGGGAGUUGCCGAACUUGAAAAAUACAUUGAAAAUGCCAUAACAACGGAUCUGCUGAAAAAACAGCAUGAACAAUUCCCACAGGGUCAAACACAGACAUGGUCAGUUGGCGUUGAUCCUGCCAACAAGAAAAAGAAUCGGUACGCAAAUUUGGCCGCCUACGAUGCUACCCGUGUUCAACUCUCUUUUCUGCCAGGAGAUGACCAUUCAGACUACAUAAAUGCAAACUAUAUUGACGGUUACAAGCGACCUCAUGCGUACAUUGCAACGCAAGGAUCGAAACCGCAAACCGUGAACGAUUUCUGGCGGAUGGUCUGGCAGGAAAACGUGAGCGUUAUCGUAAUGGUUGCAAAUCUUGUUGAAAAUGAAAAGUCCAAAUGCGUAAAAUACUGGCCGGAUGUGAAACAAACAACGAAACACGGAAAUGUUGAUAUAAAUAACACCCAGGAAGAAGUAUUUUCCGAUUUCGUCGUGCGCACUUUCAUUAUUUCGUCUGAAAAUGCUAAUCGAACAAUCACUCAAAUGCAUUACACCACCUGGCCUGACCAUGGCGUUCCAAUUUAUACUCAAUCAGUCGCUCAAUUUGCGCACAAACUGAUCAAAAUGAAAACAGAGACUCCAAUUGUCGUCCAUUGCAGUUCUGGCGUUGGUCGCACCGGAACCAUAAUUUUGAUUGACGCCAGUCUCCGCAUGGCUUUGGCCGAGGGAAUUGUCGACGUCCUCGCCCUUUUGACAAAAAUGAGAAGCCAGAGAGCGAAUAUGGUCGAUAAUCAUCAACAAUACGAGUUUGUGCACUUGGUACUGUUGGAGGCACUUGUUGUGCCGCAGUUUGCUGUUCCCUGCAAAGAUUUCCAUUCAGAAUAUGAAUCCCUCACAGCGUUUAAAGGUUCAAAAAUUAUAAAGCAGUUUAAGAAAAUUAAUAGUAUUUGCGACAAAGAGUGGAACCGGGCCAAUAAAAAAGCAGAUAUACCAGCAAAAAUAUGCAGAUAUCCAGAUAUUGUGGCGUCAUCCAAUCAACUGGUUAAAAUUUUUCCAUAUGGCUCUGUGACUCAGACAACUUUCCUCAACGGAGUCUAUGUGGACGGUUUUCGGAAAAAGAGACCAUUCAUUGCUACUCAGGUGCCUCUUUCGAACACCGUUGAGCACUUCUGGCGUACGGUGCAGCAGCACAAAGUGGGGCAAAUAAUUGUUUUAAAUGAGUUCGGACCAAUGGAGGGUCAAUAUUUGCCAGAAGGUGACGAGGCGUUGAACUUGGGUGAUGAUCUCAAUAUUUCUCUGCAAAAUGAAAUUGAGCUAAAAUAUGGUUUAUCGAAAACAAUUGUAAUUUCAGAGAAUGGUAAAAGUCCCGUGAUUACAAACGUUCUAUGCACCCGCAAUUGGGCUGUGGGACAACUGUGUGGCAUUGGUGCGAGCAGUUUGGUUGAAUUGUGGGAAGAAACAGAGCGGUCAAGGGGUAGCGGUGUGAGCGUCGUAGUUUGCCAUGACGGAGUCACUUCAUCUGGACUUUUCCUUGGCGUAGGAUUUGUUUUGGAAAAAAUCAAACUGGAGCAACAGGUGGACGUUGCACUGGCUCUGCGGACGCUGCGGCAUUCCAGGCCAAAUUUCAUUUCAACUGUGGAGCAGUACCAGUUUCUUUUUAAAUCUGCAAUAACCUAUUUGCAGUCAUUUGAGACUUACGGAAACUUCCAAUGAUAAAUCCUCUGGACAAGUGAAAUGAAAAAUUACCAAGUAUCUUACAAUUGUUUAAUGCACAAAAAUGUGUACGUAUGUUUUUUUUUAACGUGAAUUGGAAUAUAAGUUAUUUAUAAUCAUGCUUAUAUUGUUAUCGUUUUGCUUCAGUGUAGGUUUAAUUAAAUAAUUAUGCAUUUUAUAAUUAAUCAUAUAUUAAAUUUGUAAUCACAGCAAAACUUUAUGCUUUCAAUAAAAGUGU